AUGGAACGCAGCAGCUGUUCAGACUUGGACCACGAGUUGGGGAAUGACUUGAAGAUCAUCAUCAAUGACUCCGUCUUCAAUGUGGCCAAAACUGACUUGGUCAAGAACUGUGAUUUCUUCAGAGCCUUAUUCCAGUCUGGGAUGAGAGAGUGCAGACAGCAGGCGAUCACGCUGCAGAGCGUGGGUGCCCCGGGGUUCCUGGUUCUGCUACAGGUGCUGCACUGUGAACGACCCAUGCUCUCCAUUGACCAGAUCACAGAAGCCAUCCAAUGCACGGCUUUUCUCCAGGCACCUGCUCUCACCAAGCAUUUGAUUAGUAUCAUCAACUCUGAAAAUUGCUUACUGAUGUAUGACACAUCUGCAACCUACGGAGUGUGGGAGCUGUUCCACCAGUCAGCUUUGUUCAUCAGAGACAUGCACGCUGACCUGAAGGAGGAUCUGCUUACCCUGCCCAGGGAGCUGGUUGAAUAUGUGGAGUCUCUUCUUCCAAGCAGCUAUGUGGCUGUGUGCAGCCAUUCCCCAAUAAACCAAUCCUCUGAGCUGCUUCGAAACACACAGAGAAACGUUUUCCACCUGGACGAGGAAGAGGGAGAAUGGAAAGUCCUCACACAUCUCCCUGCCAGCACCAGCACCACAAUGGCUGGCAUGGCAGUUCUCAACAACAAGCUGUACAUCAUUGGAGGGGUGCAUGACGUAAGUAAGAGGGUGCUGGAGCUCGGAUACUGUUACAACCCUGCAACUAAUAUAUGGUCCACCAUUCAUGGACCCCAGCAGCUGCGCUACAAUCUCACCCUGAUUGGUCAUGAAGGUUGUCUCUACGCUGUAGGAGGAGAGUACAACAAGACACUCCUGUCUUCUGUGGAGCGAUUCAGGGAGUGUGAGGGGGGCUGGAGUUUUGCCUCACCACUAGAUUGCCCUGCAGCUGCUGUGCCUUCUGCUGUCACUAUGGCCCGGAUAUUCAUUUGUCUCUGGAGAGGGAAGGGGACCACAGACCUCCUGGAGUAUCUACCUGAAGACAACCAAUGGCUGCUGCUCACUACGCUCACCCACCAAAGCAGUUAUGCCCUUCACAUGGUGGCUCACAGGGAUAACUUGUUUGUGAUGCGUAACGGGCCCUGCGGGGACUUCUUACUGUGCAUGAUGGACUGCUACAACCUGAGCUCAGGGCAAUGGACAUCCCUGUCCAGCCAGUACAACUCCCUUUUUACUGCAGUGAUCAAAGGGGACUCUGCCUUCACCCUCAGCAGACAUGCCACCACAGAGUAUGCAGUGGAUGGAUGCAGGUGGAGGCAGAAGAGAACCAUGAAAUGUUUUGGCAGGAUUGGAUCCAUUUACACGUUUCAGCUUAGGCUUCCCAAAACCUCUGUCUCUAACAUGGAAAAAAGUUUGGACCUGACAAAGAGACAAAUCCCAAGCCCUGAAGCCAGCUCUAAAGAUGUGCAAGUGAGUCUCAGAGAGCAGAUCCUGAAGGUUUUCCUACUAGGUUUGUCUGAGUGUAAAAUGUGA